AAUAAAAAUCAUAUAAAAAAAAUAAUGGCUGCAAAUGAAAUGGUUUCUAUUGAUUAAAGUGUGUGUUUAGCAGUAUAUUUACGGUAAAGUCAUGUAAACAGUGAAUAAGAAAAGUAAAAAACAUGUGGGUUCCUACAAAGUCAAAAAAAUACGGUGUCGCGGUCUACAACUGGCGUGGCGAUACGAAGUUUGGUUUACCACUUGAAAUAGGGGAAACUGUGCAAAUUCUUGAAGAAUGUCCAGGUUGGUACAGAGGUUUUUCCACAAAGAACCGUUCUAUAAAAGGGAUUUUCCCUCAAAAUUACAUCCACUUAAAAGUAUGCAAAGUGGAAAACGAGGGGCUUUUCGAAAGUGUCAUUCCCGUAGAUGAUCCUGUAGUUCGGGAAGUCACCCUCGUACUCAGAGAGUGGGGAGAGAUAUGGAAGAGACUUUAUGUGAAUAGAGAAAGUUACAAAUUCGACUGUGUCGGAAAAGUGAUGCGCGACCUUUUGGAGUGGAGAAGACAGUUGGUGUCAGAAACGUUAACUCAAGAUCAAACGAGGGAACUAAAAUUGGAGAUAACGGGGAAAAUAGAUUGGGGCAAUCGAAAAUUAGGGCUUGACCUGGUUCCAAGGCAAGGAGCCGAAAUGGUGGAGCCCGAAUCAGUUUCAGUAAUCGAACUUUAUCAAGUUCACCUUCAAAGUGCAGAGAAUUCGCAAGGAGCAUCGGCGCGAGGAACCCUAAGGAAAAGAGAACUAAAGAAAAUUCUUACUCACCAUUUAUAUUUCUGUAUGAGAGAUUUCGGCCAUCACGUCGGAGAAGAUACGGAAAUAUAUUUUUCCCUUUAUGACGCUAAAAAGCAAAAAUACAUUUCGGAACGAUUCCUAGUCAAAAUUUCCAAAGAAAACUUUUCGAACUAUGUAGAGAAAAUGCACAGUAAUUGUACAGUAUUCACAGACUUGGGAAAUGCAGAUCUCACAAAAGAAAUAUAUUUAAUCGCUCAUAUUAUGCGAAUUGGUAAAAUGUUAUAUUCGGAAAGUUCGAGGAAAAGUGAGAAAAGCGGUACACUUACAAACCAAAUUUUCAAACGUCCUUACGGCGUUGCUGUCCAAAAUUUAUGUGACGUUGUUAGUAAAGAUUCUGAAACUGACGAAAAAGAGUUCUCCAUGAAGGUGUAUCAAACCGAAGAAAAAGAUUAUCACCAAUUGCACGAAUUUUUAAUAAGACAGUCUGGAAAGUAUAGUACAAUCUCUUCCCAACCAAACUAUGGCAUUGUGGUUUCUUUAAAAAUGUUACACGGUCAACUAAAGCAGAUCAAAGAGGAAAACCCUUUAUUGUUUAAAAACAUAAGUUUGACUAAAAAAUUAGGUUUCCCAGACGUUAUAAUGCCUGGCGACGUUCGCAAUGACUUGUACCUUUUAUUAGAAAAGGGAGAGUUUGAAAGAGGUGGAAAGUCCACAGGGAAAAAUAUCGAAGUUACCGUAUUAGUGUUAGAUGGCGAAAAAAAUAUCGUGAAGAACUGUAUUUGGGGUGGUGCGGGCAACGAGGGUACAACAGAGUAUAAUUCAGUGAUAAUCUAUCAUCAUAAUUCUCCCACAUGGAUGGAGAAUAUUCGUCUUACCCUGCCCAUCGAUAAAUUUGCAGGGGCUCACAUUAGAUUUGAAUACAGACAUUGCUCUACUCGAGAAAAGAAUGAUAAAAAGUUAUUCGGAUUUUCAUUUAUUCGGCUGAUGGAUAAAAAAGGUGCUGCUGUACAAGACGAUUUACACGAGCUUUACAUUUACAAAUGCGAGGAUGUUGACAAGUUGACGAAUUGUGGCUACCUUUCUUUUCCAUAUUCGAGCAAAGACAAGGAGGGAAAUCACGAACUUAGUGGCGCGUUUUCUAAAAGUCAUAGGGAAGCUAUUUUUGUUCGAUCCUUGCUAUGCUCUACAAAACUGACCCAAAACGACGAUCUCCUUUCUUUAUUACGAUGGAAAUCGCACCCUGAACCCAUUCAUGCGUCCCUUUCAAAAGUAUUGAAUUUAGGAGACGAGGAAUUGGUUAAGUUUCUUCAAGAUGUUCUUGACGCUCUUUUCGCCUUAUUUUCAACCGAAGAUGGUAAUUCAACAGUUCAUAGUGGCCUGGUAUUCCAUGUCCUGGUUUCCAUAUUUAGCCUUUUGGACGAAUCCAAAUUUCAACAUUUUAAGCCUGUCUUGGAUGCUUAUAUCAAGGAGCAUUUUGCUGCAGCUCUUGUUUAUAAGGGUCUUUUAACCAGUGUUCAGCACUGUGCAGACUGGGUGACAUCCACUGAUAAGCAAGAACCGAUCCAGAAAUGCUUUAAAAGUUUAGAAUACAUUUUUAAAUUGAUAAUUCAGAGUCGUAUGCUGUUUGCUAGAGCAACUGGUGGUCAAUACGAGGACAGUUUUAAGCGUGAUUUGUACAAUGUCUUUAGUUCGUUAAACAACAUGUUGGCUAUUUCGAUGUCAACCAUAAUCGAAACACAGGUUUCGUUAUUAUAUUCAAUUAGUGCUGUAUUUGAACUGUUGGUGGAUGUUUUACCCAUUUCAGAAGUUGCAAAACUAGCAAUUACCAUGAUUGAUUCUUUACCCGUUGAAUUACCCGCUCAAGUCAUUCAAGCAAAGCUCACAGCAAUUAAAAAUUUGAUAAUGGGUAAACUUUUCCAUAACGAUGAAACUAGAAAUGUCUUACUGUGUAACGCUUGUAAACAUGUGCGAUAUCAUUUGGCACACAGGGACGAACUUAGGUUGUGUACAGAGAUAUUAGGGGAAAUUAUGAGUUAUCUUUAUAAAUUACGUAAGUCUUCUGAUGAACAAGGAAAAAUUAAUAAUUGUAUUCAUCACGACGUUGACACCUUAUCUACCAACAUCUUCAAUGUUUUAAUACAAACUGUCUUGGUUAUCAUUGAUAAAAAUACUACAGUAAUAGGUCGAUUAGUGGGAUGUCUAAUAGGUCUUUUACAACUUUUGGACGAAUUCCAUUACAAAAGAUUGUGGGAAACAUUGAUGGGACCAAAUUUAGAUCGUAAACCCUUAAAAGAUUUCUUGAUGCGAGUUUUUUUGGUAUUUAGGGAACUUGUGAAGCAAGAGGUUUUCCCUCCAGAUUGGCUUGUUAUCAAAAUGGUCACAAAUAACGUUAUUUUGAAGGCUCUCCAGGAACUUGCGCAACCAUUGGCUUUUAAAUUCUUGGAUAGCAGAACUGGUGGUUACUUUGAUAAAGAACUAUGGACGAGUUAUUUUAAUUUGGCUGUUGACUACUUAACUCAAGAUUCGUUACAAUUGGAGCAAUUUUCUGACGUAAAGAGGGAAAAGGUCAUUGAAAGAUACGGCGAUAUGAGGGUGUUAAUGGGUUUUCAAAUUUUGUCCAUGUGGUCUCAGUUGGGUGAACACAAAUUGCACUUUAUUCCUGCCAUGGUCGGACCAUUUUUGGAAGUAACUUUAGUACCUGAAAUAGAAUUACGUAAGGCAACAUUGCAUAUCUUUUUUGACAUGAUGGAGUGUGAACAGAGGGUGCGUGGGAACUUUAGACAAGUCGAAAGUGAACUCAUCGACAAGUUGGAUAUUCUCAUUUCGGAAAAUAAGGGUGACGAUGAAUACAGAAGAUUAUUUAACACGAUUUUACUAGACCGUGUUCAAUCGGAAGACCCAACUUGGAAAGAUAGUGGAGCUGCUUUUAUUAGUUCAGUUACGCGUUUAUUGGAAAGGCUUCUCGACUAUAGAAACGUGAUACAAGGCGACGAAAAUAGGGAUAAAAGGAUGUCAUGCACAUUCAACUUACUUAAUUUUUACAAAAACGAAUUCAACAGAAAAGAAAUGUACUUGCGUUACAUAUACAAGUUGCAUGAUUUACAUUUGUCAGCUGAAAACUUUACAGAAGCUGGUUUUACAAUGAAACUUUAUGCAGAUCAAUUGUCUUGGAAUAACGACUCGGUUGUAAUGGAUCCAAAUUAUAAUAAUUUAAAAGAGAGUGAAGUCAAAGAAAAAUUGUAUCAUUUGAUUAUCAGUCAUUUUGAUAAAGGAAAGUGUUGGGAAAAAGGUGUGCCAUUAUUAAAAGAAUUAGCCAAUUUGUAUGAAAGUAAGCUAUUCAAUUACAAGGCUCUUAGUGAUAUUUUAAAGUACCAGGCCAAAUUUUAUGACAAUAUUCUUACACAGCUCCGUCCAGAACCGGAAUACUUCCGCGUAGGAUUUUAUGGGCUGGGCUUUCCCCUUUUUGUCAGGAACAAACAGUUCAUCUACAGAGGACUUGAAUUUGAAAGAAUUGGUGCUUUCACACAGAGAUUACAGACUGAAUUUCCAUCAGCGCAGAUGUUGAUGAAGAAUACACCACCUGAUGAAACGACCAUCAAUUCUGAUGGACAAUUUAUCCAAAUAAGCAAUGUCAAACCUAUACCAGAACCAAAUCCUAUAAUUAGGGCUGCUAAUGUUCCUGAAAAAAUAUCUCGCUUUUAUCAUUACAACGACGUUAAACGGUUUCAGUAUGAUAGGCCUGUCCACAAAGGGAUUGUUGAUAAAGACAAUGAGAUUAAGACUUUAUGGAUUGAAAGGACGAUUUUCGAGAUCGAAAGUCCUCUUCCAGGAAUCCUCCGAUGGUUUGAGGUAGUACAUAAGCAGACAGAAGAAAUAGCGCCCGUACAAUACGCCUGUGAAACGAUGGAAUCCGUUGAGAAAGAAGUUCGUCACUUAAUCAUGGUUUAUACUGUAGAACCAAAAAGAAAUCUGAAUCCAUUUACCAUGAGGUUGCAAGGAAUUAUAGAUGCCAAUGUUCAGGGUGGUAUUAGUAAAUACCAGCAAGCUUUUUUCACACAGGAAUUUGCCAAAUUAAAUCCGGAACAUAUGACUCAUGUGUAUCGAUUAAAAAAUUUGAUUUUGGAUGCAAUGCAAGUGUUGGAAUCAGCAUUAGUAUUACAUGGAAGAUUAGCUCCUGCUGGUGUUCAGCCUUUGCACCAAAGGCUUCUUGAAAGGUUCGCUCAAUUACGUCAAAGCUUGGGUGCCAUAGCUCGUUUAAAACGACAACAAUCUGAGAGUAUUGUUAACACUCCUCUGCCUCCUUUGCCUAUAGACAAAAAAUUGUACGGUUCGGAAUAUUACGGUAAUCGACUAUCUGGCACAAAUGGAUUUUAUGGUGAUCAAGGAAUUUUGGAGUAUGAUGAUAUAUACACAAAACCUGUGGAGUUUUUGGAUAAAAUAGGUCCUAGCCGCGAAAAUUUAACGCUGCCAAUGGUAUUCAAUAAUAAUGAUAGUGCUCCUCCAAUUCCCCAAAGAGAAAAUCGACCUCGUUCUCAGGGAUACAGCAUGACACCUACAAGUUCAGCAGAAUGUGUAAGAACACCCACCAGAGGCAAUGUUGAUUACAACAGCCUACCAUCGUUAAAGUCAAGUGAUAUUUGUGAUAUUCCUUUACCUCCAAAACCAACCCACUCAAGAGAGAGAUCACUAACGAAACCCCCUUCACCAAGACUGUUGAGACACUCCAUGUCAACACCUACGGAAGGGUGUAUUCAAACCAGAAAUUCAUGGCCUGAUUCUGGUAUUGACGAAGCACCACCUUUACCGCCUAGAUCCCACACGCCUGACAAGAGGCCGGAUAUUCCUCCCCCUAAUGUUCCAAAACGUGGUCAAAAGAAACAAUCACCUUCGUCAAUUUUCAGUAUCGAUUCUAUUGUAGAUAUAUCAUUGGACGACCCAAGUCAUGAUAAUAAUGGGGUUGUGCGAAUAUCCACUUCCACUGUUAUCGAAUCUACGGAAACAAACCACGAGCUUCGAGAUUCAGGCAUAAGUAUUUCAGAUGGUCCUUCCAAUCAUUUAAACAACUUUAAUAGCUCCUGUUACGAAUAUUUUGACUUGCGGGUUCGUCAGCAGCAGCAAGAACUUAAUAUCAAUCCUGGUACGUCGUGUGCACAGGAAGAAGGACCCGAUGGUCCACCUCCUAUCCCACCUAAAGUUAACGUUUCGUUGAAUAAUUCUAAUUCUGAAGGAAAUUCUCAGGAAAAAAGGGAAAGCGGCGUAGAAGUGGUUGAAAACUACUCUGUUCCCAAAUUGCAAGGGGAAAGGCCGCAAAGCGAAAACAACGAAGAAUUUUGUUAGUAUGAAACGGAUUUUCAGGUUUACCUGCAUAAUGCUCUUUUUAACUUUCUUAAAAAACUAAAUAACUUAUUAUUCCUUCUGUACAACAAAAAAGGGAAUAUCGAUAAUAAUCAAUGUAUAACAUACUUAGCAAGUAUACAAAAAUCACCACUCUGCAUUACUAUUCGUUAUUAAAAAAACAUUUCCAUAUCUUUCAAGUUCUGUUUAUAAUAUUUCAUUAAUAGCAAUUGGAUGUUUUAAUGUAAAAUGUUUUUGUUAAAGGGCAAUCAAAAAUUGAAUUUUUUGUUAAGUAUACCAAAAAAGAAUGCCAAACUAUUUUUCUUAAAAACGAUUUACGUUAGUGAGAUGCAAGGUAUUUAAAAUUUUCGUGAUAUAUGUCAUUAAUUUGCAAUUUUCACUUGUUUGUUAUAUGUGUGUGAACAUCGAUACUAGUUUAUUUUAGUGAAUUAAUAAAUUAAGAAAAGGAUUAAUUAGUUGUUAAUAGAGUUAGGUGUGUCAUUGUAGGAUUGAUUAAUAACUAUUGUAAUAAUUGCGACUGUUUGUCUUAAACUAAAAUUUAAUUUUUAAUAACUUGUGGGUCCAAUUAAUUUACAACUCCUAAGACGUCGAGAUAACGCAAAUUGAAUUUUGUUUUACAUAUUAUGAAUAAGUUAUACCUUGCUCAAAUAUAACAUUUCAUACUAAAAUAAGAAAGAGCACUAACAGGACAUCUGGUUUAUAUAAUUAAGUAAUUUUUGUUAAAUACCUUACUACGAGAAAUGCUAAUUAUUCUCUUAUAGAAUCAAAACCAAGCUACUGAAAUUUAUUUUUCUAUGCCCUCCUAAUAUAACAUUAAGACAGUAUUAAUAAUAUUCGUU